UUUUGUCCUUGAAAAGGGUUUCAAUUUUAAUUCAUUCGUUAUAAUUAAACAAACAAAAAGUUGGCCAUAGUUUUAUAAUUUAUAACGUGAAUUUUAAAAUUAACAAUGACUGAAGAAGGUAGCGAGCAUAUUGAUUUAAAAGGUGGACAUUUGCCUGCAGUAAAAGUUGGUGGAAUGAGAAUAUCUCAAAAUCUUCCACCAAAUAUAGAUAAGGAGGAAAAAGAAAAAGAAGAUACUGAAAAUAAAAUUGCUCAAAAAGAUAAGAAUAUCAACUUAUCAGGAUAUCUUUCCAAAGGGAAUUUAGAUUUUACUACUGAAGCAGUCAAAGCAUUUCAUGAUAAACCACCAUUUGCAAGCAAGGAUGCACCACGAUCAACAAAUUAUUUUCACAAUGAGAAAAGUUUUCCUAUUCAACAGCCAAGAAAAUAGAAACUUAGAUUUUUUUUAAAUAUAAUGAUAUUUUAAAUUAUUGUUAUAUAUAUUUCAUAAUUAUAAUGAAAUUAUUUGGUGUUAAAAGCUCAGAUCAUGAUUAACUCUAUUUUAUUUAUACUUACUAUUGGAAUUAUAAUUAUAAAUAAUCAAGCAAAUAACUAUUUAACACAUCAUUUAUUUUAUUCGCUAUUAUAUAUAUAUAAUUAUAAAUAAUAAAGUAUGGGACACAAA